AUGAUUAAAUCAUUUAAUAUUUUCUUUAUUGUAAUAUCUAUUGGUCUUUCUUCUGCAUUCUAUUUACCGGGUUUAGCACCAAAUGUAUUUUGUCAAACCGAAGUACAAGAUACAAAAUGCAAGGCAAAAGUUGAAGUGUUUGUUAAUCGAUUAGAUUCAGUUGAAUCUGUUUUACCAUAUGAAUAUAGUUAUUUCGGUUUUUGCAAGAUAAAAGACAAACAAUCAUCACCAGUUGAAAAUCUUGGUCAAGUGCUUUUUGGUGAACGAAUCAGACCGUCACCCUAUAAAUUCAAUUUCCUUGAGGAUCAAGCCUGUGAAAAGGUUUGUGAACAAAAAUAUGAUGAUAUACCUGGCGAUCAAAAACUUUUAAAACGUUUAAUGAAAGGUAUAGCGUUAAAUUAUCAACAACAUUGGAUUAUCGAUAACAUGCCAGUGACAUUGUGUUACACAAAUACGGAUAAAAAAGAGUUUUGUUCUCGUGGCUUUCCUAUUGGAUGUUAUGUGACAAAAAGUGGUCUAUCAAAAGAGUCGUGUAAUAUUCUAGAUGGUCAAAAUGACACAUAUUAUGUGUUCAACCAUUUAGACUUCGAAAUAACAUAUCAUAGUGGACAAGGUGAAACAUGGGGUGGCAAUUUUCAAGAUAAAGGUGGUCGAUUAAUAGCGGCUAAAGUUCAAGUUAGCAGUUUAAAUUCGGACAGUUGUGAAAAAGGUUCUGCACCAAUUGCAUUUCAAUCGAAUAAAAAAAAAGUUACAAUUCCUUACACAUACUCAGUCAAAUUUAUCAAAAAUAAUGACGUCCGCUGGGCAAGUAGAUGGGACUACAUCUUAAAAUCCUUACCACAAACAAGAAUACAAUGGUUUUCAAUUUUAAAUUCGUUAGUAAUUGUCUUAUUUUUAAGUGGUAUGGUAGCAAUGAUUUUAUUACGAACAUUACAUAAAGAUAUUGCACGAUAUAAUCAAAUGGUUGACGCUGAUGAGGCACAAGAAGAAUUUGGAUGGAAAUUAGUUCAUGGUGAUGUAUUUCGUCCACCGCAAAGGGGAAUGUUAUUGGCUGUAUUAGUUGGCAAUGGUGUACAAAUAGCUAUUAUGUCAUUGAUUACGUUAAUAUUCGCUUGUCUGGGUUUUCUCUCACCAGCCAGUCGUGGUGCACUAAUGACUUGCGCUAUUGUGUGUUACGUCCUGUUGGGCACGCCAGCUGGUUAUACGUCUGCGAGAUUGUACAAAUCGUUUGGUGGUGAAAAUUGGAAGAAAAAUGUUUUAAUGACUGCUUUUUCUUGUCCUGGUGUUAUAUUUGGUGUAUUUUUUAUUCUUAACAUCGUACUCUGGUUCAACGGAAGUUCAGCAGCUAUCCCGUUUACAACAUUUUUAGCUUUAUUAGCGUUAUGGUUCUGUGUAUCAACACCAUUAGUAUUCUUUGGAGCUUAUCUUGGUUUCAAACGACCGGCAUCCGAAAAUCCGGUUCGUACAAAUCAAAUUCCACGUCAAGUACCAGAACAAACUCUUUAUACUAAACCAUUACCAGGUAUAUUGAUGGGUGGAAUAUUGCCAUUUGGUUGCAUAUUUAUUCAACUAUUCUUUAUUCUGAACAGUAUAUGGGCUCAUCAAUAUUAUUACUUUUUUGGUUUUUUAAUGGUUGUAUAUCUCAUAUUGAUAUUGACAUGUUCUGAAACAACGAUAUUAUUGUGUUAUUUUCAUUUAUGCGCUGAAGAUUAUAAUUGGUGGUGGCGUUCAAUUUUAACAAGUGGAUUUACUGCUGUUUACUUUUUUAUAUAUAGCAUAUACUAUUUUGUAACAAAAUUAGAAAUUAAUGAUGGAACAUCAACGUUUCUGUAUUUUGGUUAUACAUUAAUGUUAACAUUUGUUUUAUUCUUAUUUACAGGUACAAUUGGAUUUCUUGCCUGUUUCUGGUUUAUGAUUAAUACCAUUUCAACAGCAACAAGUCUUUGUUCUAAAUCUGACCAAUUAACUCCUAGUCCCAACGAUAUUCUGUUACAAUCUGAAUUAGCUCCAUUUAAUACAAACUUUAUUGAUGAAAAAUUUCUUCAAAAACUUAAUCCACUGUCGUUGACAUCACCCCAAAUCUUAACUGAUCUUCAUCUUCCUUUAGCAUCAUGUGAUCAGCAGCAACAUUUGCGGUUGAAACAUUUAUUUCGCACGACAACUCUCCAUUUAUCACACUUGAAACGUUCAUCAUUGUGGUAUAAUUUGAUAACAUCGAGUGUAGAUAAGCCAGCUCGUUCUAGAAAUUCCGUUGAACACUACAAAGAAGAUGUUCGAAAUAUGUUUGGACGUGAUAACCAAAUUAACGUUAAUUUUCCAUCGUUUGUCGAUAAUAAAUAUGAUCAAUAUUAUCAUUUAAAUCAGAAUGGACGUGACGCAGUUAAACACAUUUUAAGUGUAUUUGCAUAUCAUAAACCGGACAUUACAUUGUCACCACUUUUAUAUUCUAUAACAUCUUUAUUAUUACAUUAUAUGACAGAAAUACAUGUCUACGAAGUACUGUACAUAUUGACAUCGAGUGAAAAUUUUAAAUUUAUCACUCAAACAGAAAUUCAAUGGAAUUCAUUAUGUCAACUAUUCAAACAAAUGUUACGUAAACAUUCAAAAUCAACACAUGAACUAAUAAUAAAACAUGGUCAUUCACAUCUGUUUGAUAACUGGUUAUUAUUCAUUUAUAAAUUACCAUUUUUGUAUGCUGUUCAUAUUUUCGAUUGUUUAUUAAUAGAAGGCAUAAAAGUUUGGAUACGUAUUGGUCUAGCACUAUUUGAUUUAUUUCUCAAAUGUAAUAUAAAUAAUAACAAUGGCAAUCAAGAACAACCACAACCAAAUAAUAGAAAACGAAAGAGUAGUUUACGUCAAACAUUUCAUCGACAAGUAAAUAAACAACGUCCAAAAUCGAUUGGGAAUGAUUAUUAUGAAUUAUUUAAUCAAUUUAUUCGAAAUAUAAAUAUACCAGCAGAUAAAUUAUUUAAAUAUGCAUUUUCAAUAAGAAAUUUAAAACGAAAAGAUAUUUUAAGAAUAUUAGAUACUGAAGAACAACGUUUACGUGCUGAACGUAAAAAAGUUUCUACACGUGCAAAUGGUUAUGGUGGACAGCAAGAUGAUGGAAUUUCAAACAAUCCGUCACUUGAAUCACUACGUACGGCAAUAAACUCGGCAACAUCAAUUAAACGUAGUGAAUCUCAUUUACAACAAGCAAAUUCUAUUAUGUUUUCAUCUCAUACUCGUUCAUUACCGAUUAUGAUUCGAGAAAUUGAUACGUCCAUAUUAUCUCAUGCUCAAAUCGCGUUUCUAUGGUCAUUAUUACCAAAACGUUUAUCAGUAUUUCAACCAGAAUUAGUAUAUACAUCUCGUAUUCAUGGUCAUCGGCUAUUAACACUCUAUGAUCAUGUUGAAUAUUAUGAACAUUGUAUAAUUAUUAUUAAAAAUCAAUUAAUGGAAAUAUUUGGUGCAUUUUGUUCAGGAUCAUGGGCACAACGUUAUCAACAUCGUAAUCAAUAUUUUGGUAACGGUGAAACAUUUUUAUUUACAUUUGUACCACAAAAUUAUGUUUAUAAAUGGGUAGGAUUAGAACAUAGAGCAAAAUUAACGGAAGAGUAUUUUUUAUGUGGUGAUAAUGAACGUUUAAUGAUUGGUGGUAGUUCAAAUCCCUUAAAUAUUGGCUUAUCAAUUGAUCAAGAUUUAUUCACCGGUUCAACAAAACAAUGUGAUACAUUUUUAAAUCAACCAUUAUCGAGUUUAGAAAAGUUUGAAAUUCUUGAUAUUGAAGUGAUUGGUUUUAAAUGA